AUGUCUAAGCCUCAAGCAGGAUCCAAAUUCCGCCUCACAUUGGCUUUGCCCGUCGGUGCAGUCAUGAACUGCGCUGAUAACAGUGGUGCAAAGAACUUGUACGUCAUUGCCGUUAACGGUACUGGUGCUCGUUUGAACCGUUUGCCAGCAGCUGCUUCCGGUGAUAUGGUUGUCGCUUCCGUCAAGAAGGGAAAGCCUGAAUUGCGUAAGAAAGUUAUGCCCGCAAUCGUCAUCCGUCAACGUAAGCCAUGGCGCAGACGUGAUGGUAUCUUCCUUUACUUCGAAGACAACGCCGGUGUGAUUGUCAACCCCAAGGGUGAAAUGAAGGGAUCCGCCAUCACUGGACCCGUUGCUAAGGAAUGUGCUGAUUUGUGGCCUCGUAUCGCCUCAAACGCCGGUACCGUCGUCUAA